AUGGCGCCGCUUCGCCAUUUGCUGCAAUGUUCUCUUGUUCAUGUCACUCGUUAUCAAUCUCAUUUCUGUGGUUGCCUGGUUGCAUACAUCUUCAGGAUCCUGGCCCGCACAGAAGUUCCAGCCAGCACUUCUGUCGCCUUUGUCGUUCUAGGGGCCUUGACCCUCAUGACAGUGAUCCUGCAAGGUGUGUGUAUCUUGUUUGCCUUGUGCAGGGCUGCUGCUGUCCACAACUGGGAACAAAUCCGUCGGACUUUGUGUUAUGGAAGUAUCAACUGUGUUCUUUCAGUGCUUGGACCCAUCAUUUCAGGUGCUUUAGUCUUUUAUUCGGUUUUGAUUCAUCCAUUGGACUUGCUCACAACCUUGGAAUGA